AGCAUAAGCAAGUAGCAGUAGUAGAAUUUACUCACCAUCACCAUUACCAUCAGCAUCAAUCAUCGCUCAACCGGUAUUAAGUUUUAGAUGAAUUUUAUUAUUGCAUUACGUGCUAAAAUAUAACCGAGACGGAAUAUUUGUGAUUACAAGACGCGAUAGUACUUGGAAGUGGGCCGAUCCCCUGUAAAGAAAAUGGCUGAUAAUAAGGAACCUCCACCGCUAUUUGAUCAAGUUGACAUUAAUAGAGACAAUGAAUUAGAGGAUGAUGAUGAAGAUAUUUUUGCAUCUGCCAUACAGGAUCAAAAUCCACUGAGUAAUUCAUCUUACAAUGGAGUAUCAGUGACAGCUGAGCUUCCAAAACUGACACUACGAGAUGCCCAGGAUGACAAUUCAUAUUCUACGGUCUCUAGUCCAGCACCGGGUCCACUGAGUUCGCCUCUGGGUAUGCCCAGUGACAUUGGAGACCUUCAUGAAGUGCCGAUCAAUGAUGAUUCAUCAGGUCAAUCGCUCAAGCAGUCCCAGUCUCUCGAAGAAGUGCCGACAGAGUCAACAGAAGCGGUCUUGAAAAUAACAGUAACGUCACCGCAGAAAAUCGGCGAAGGAAUGGGUGCCUAUGUAGUCUACAGAGUCGAAACUAAAACCAAUAUGCCUAUUUUUCGAAAGAGAAGCUUCAGCGUUAUCAGACGAUUCAGUGAUUUCCUCGGGCUUCAUGAUAAACUAGUGGAAAAAUAUUUGAGAAGCGGUAGAAUAAUACCACCCGCGCCGGAAAAAAGUGUUAUCGGUAUGACUAAAAUAAAAAUGUCCGGUGAUAAAAGCCAGGAACAGCAUUCAAGUUCAACAGAAUUUAUUGAAAGACGUCGAGCUGCUUUAGAACGUUAUUUAAAUAGAACCGCAACUCACCCUGUCCUUAGCGUUGACCCUGACUUCAGAGAAUUUUUGGAAGCUGACAUGGAAUUGCCAAAAGCUACAAGUACAUCAGCUCUGAGCGGUGCCGGAGUAAUGCGUCUGUUCAACAAAGUAGGCGAGACAAUGAAUAAAAUAACUUACAAAAUGGACGAAACUGACGGGUGGUUCGAGGAAAAGACGGCUCAGAUAGACUCGCUGGACACCCAGUUGCGGGCACUGCAUUCCGCGGUCGAAACUCUGACUAACCAGAGACACGAGCUGGCUAAUUGUACGGGUGCUAGUGCCAAGUCGAUAGCUGUCCUAGGUCAUGGAGAAGUUGGAGUAUCUCUAGGACGCGCUUUAGCUCAGCUGGCUGAGACUCUUGAGAAAGUCGAAGUUGUCAGACGCGCUCAGAGUAAUAGUGAUCUUUAUCAAUUCGGUGAAAUGCUGCGGGAUUAUGUGGCUCUUAUUGGUGCUAUCAAGGAUGUUUUCCAUGAACGAGUCAAAGUAUUCCAGAAUUGGCAGCACGCUCAGAUGAUGUUGAACAAAAAACGCGAACACAAAGCGCGACUGGAACAAGCCGGCCGCAGUGACAAAACAACUCAAGCAGCUACUGAAGUUAUUGAUUGGGAAGCUAAAGUAGAACGGGGUCAAGAAGAGUUUGACAACAUCUCCAAGAUGAUCAAAAAGGAAGUCGAGCGGUUUGAAGUACUGAGAGUUGAAGAUUUUAAAAAACAACUUACGGAAUACUUGGAAGCGAUGUUGCAGCACCAGAACCAACUGAUAAAACACUGGGAGAGCUUCUUACCUGAAGCUAAAGCUGUUGCAUAAAUAAUUGGUUAAAAAAACAGUUUUUAAUAUUUUAUUCCCAUUUUUCGUUCCUUUCGUGCAAUUUCACGUUAAGUUGAAACUUUAAAUAAUAAUUUUUAUUAUAAUUAA